AAGAUCAAGACAUCACUUUUAUGAAGAUGUUAUAGGGGGCAGUGUGAAGAAAUGAAUUAACCAUGGCAUACAACAUCCCAGAAAAUAUGAACAUAGGAAUAUACACUGGGCAGCCAUUGCCCCAGAACAUAAUGAUAGCCCAGCACAACCCACAGGGCUCAUCUCAUACUCAGUCUCUUGGCUUACCCACACGCUCGAGUGAGCUGCACUCGGUAUCAACUACCCACUUCACUCACACAAAAACACCAGGGUAUAUAAUGGUUCCCACGAAUAGUAUCCCUCGAACUACACUGAAAACCAGCACCACCAGUUCUGAAACCAAGCUUAUGAAACCUCAGAUUCUUGAAAAAAUGAGAGCACUCAGAGACAGAGGGAAAUACUGUGAUCUGGCCAUUGAUGUUAAAGGAGUCCGCUUUCAUGCUCACCGAAAUAUUUUGGCAGCAUGGAGUCCAUACUUUGAUUGCCAGCUUCUGAGCGAGAAUAAUGUGAUGAGAGAUCUAUUGAUUGUGAAUUAUGACAGUUAUGAAGUUUUCUCAGACCUGCUGGACUUUCUAUACUCUGGUACAAUUGCUCCAAGGGAGACAAAUUUUCUGCAGCUUCUUCACUUGGCAGUGAGCUUCCAGAUAGACCUUCUUAAACACUACUGUGAAGAAUUCUUGAGAAGCAACUUACAUUUGGGAAAUUUUCUAAGCACAUAUUUCUUGUCCAGAAAGUACAACCUCAAGUCCUUGGAGGAGUUCAUUGUAAGCUUUAUUCAAGCAAACUUAUCUGAUGUUGUGAAACAGAAUGAAUUCCUAACUCUUCAAGCAGAUCGCUUCAAUGCAAUUCUAUCCAAAGGCUACAUGGUGGAUCUGAAGCCUGAAAUCAAACUUUUUCUCAUCAUAAGCUGGGUUGGGUAUGAGGUUAGAGAUAGAGAGUGCUUUCUCAUCCAGCUGUUGAGGCAUAUUGAUUGGUCUAUUGUGGCAAGUGAUUUCUUGCUAGAAAUUAGCAGAACAGAGAACUUUUUUACCACCCAUGAAUCAAGUCUCUAUCUCUUGUUGCAGACAUUGUACAGCUCUGGUAUAUCACUUGGUCCAUACACAGACCAUUUUCCAAGUCUUCGCCAAACUUAUUCACACAUGCUCAAUGAUAUGGUGAUAGCAGGUUUGAUUGAGGCAUAUGAAGAGGAAUUCUACCCAGUUACUGCCUCAGGAGUGUGUACCAAGUUUCUAAGGUCAGAUGCUUGUGUGGGCACUGAUAACUAUUACCAUACUACAAUGGAGGUAGAAAAGACAUGGGAGGAAUUACGAAGCGCAGUUUUUAGCCCAUCUACCCAACAAACCAACAUCUACGAAAGACAAAUUCAUGAGGUGGAAAAAGAAAAUAAAAUGCUCUAUCAGAAUCCAGGUUUUAUGCAACAGACAGUUGAAACUUUCCGUAUUGAGGAGGAGAGCAAAUCUCAAAAAAAACAUAUUGAAGAAGAAACCAAGUCUCACAAACGGAAAGGGAAACCUCGUCGAAAAGCAACAUCUUCAAAAUCACCAGAAAGGGAAACCGUUGUGGAGACAAGUCCCAAAAUCUCCCCGAGAAGAGGAAAGAGAUCAUCACAGGAAGUUGUAGAUGAGGAAAAAGGCAGGAGUAUGUCCAAGAAAAGACAGAGACCUUCAAGAAGAGGAAGAGGCAGAAGAUCUGUGAAGAGAGAACAAGAACCUCUUUCAGACAGUGACGAAAAUGAGGCAACGAGAGAAGAGGAGGAAGAUCAAAUUAAAAAUGUGGAAACUCAAGAAGAAGAAAACAAGGAGGAAAAUGAAAAUAUUGUUAAUGAAGACCAAGAAGAGGAUGAUAAUGAGGAAGAAGAAAAAGAGGAGGAAGAAGAGGAGGAGGAAGAUGAAGAGGAGGAGAAUGAUGGAGAGGAAGAAGGUGAAGAAGAUGGGGAGGAGGAAGAAAAUCUGGAUAACACAGGUGGAGAUUCUGAAGAUCCAGAAAUGCUGGCAGAAUCAGAGGAAGAAUGGGUUCCUGAGGAAGAAGCAAAAUUAGAAACCAAAGAAAGAAAUGUCAGAAGAUCCAGUAGACCAGUAAAACCUUCCAGUCUUGUCCGAAAGACAAAACAGAGGAGGCCAGUACAUACUGGUAGAAAGAAAAACCAAAACAAGGAGACCAUACAAUGUAGCCUUUGUGAAUAUGAAACUGACACUAAAGCAAGACUUGAAACUCAUGUGAAGCGUAUUCACGAGUGUCACAUGACCUACAAAUGCAUGCUCUGUGACUACUCAACAAAAUGGAACAAAGGUUUUACUGAUCACCUUAAGAAAACCCAUUUUCGAGGUCCACCAUUUAAAUGUUUAGACUGUGAGUUCACUGAUAAGAAGCUGCAUGUCGUCCUGGCACAUCGAAGCAAACAUGUCGUGGAUCGUCCACACGCCUGUGAUUUCUGUGAUCAGCGAUUCAAAACCAGAAACAAUGCGCUGGCUCACAUUAAAGUUCAUUCAGGACUGCGUCCAUUUGAGUGUGAUAUUUGCCACAGAAAUUUUGCCACUAAGAACACAAUGGAGCAGCACAUGGUGACACACAGCAGUGACAGGCCUUACUUGUGUGAUCAGUGUGGGUUCUCCUCCAAGUUCCAGUCUCACCUGAUCUCUCAUAGACGAAUACACACAGGAGAUCUGUAUCCAUGCAGCUAUCCACAGUGUACCUACAGAACACCAAAGAAAAGUCAGCUGAAAUGUCACAUGAAGAGCCACCUCAAUAUUCGUCAGCACAUUUGUACCACCUGUAAUAAAGCCUUCAUUGAAAAGAGCCAUCUAGUCAGACACCAAAAAAUCCACCUGAACGAAAAACCAUACCAAUGUCAAGAAUGUGAUUACAAGACAACUCGUCCCGACAAGAUGAAGGAGCACUUUUCAAAGCAUCAUGGCCCAGAGCCCUCAGUGAAAACUCCAUAUAAACAGAGGAAACCACGGACUCGCAAGGUCAAGCAGGCGCCACCAUCAUUUCCGCAUUUUGAUCAUGCUGCAUACACAAUGCCCCCUGCUCAAGUACAGGGUCAGAGUGACCAUGGCGCUUACACUAUUCAGGACAAAGAUCCACCACGGCAGUCAGAUUUCAAUUCCUUCAUUCAAGACAUUCGCAUGCAUCUUGCCGAAAACAGCAAUGGUGGAAACAUGGAAGGCAUGACAAUUGUCAAUGUACCAAUUAUGGCUGACCAGAUUGUAGAUGCAGCUGUGGGGGACAGUAGACUAAGCAUUGCUGACACUCCCCAGAAUUCAGCCCCCACUUCCACUGCAAUGACUAUAAUUCAUGACGAACACCAGGCUUAUGUUGCACACCACAACAUACAGCAGCCAAAUACCACUUUACAACAAAACAUGGUACAAGGCCAGAAUCAGGACUAUGGGGGCCUUGGUGCUUUUAUGGCACUGUUUUAGGACACUAAUUGCUAAAUGAACCUUAAAUUAAAUUAACUCCACCCAUAUUUUUUUACCUAGUACCUUUAUUAAUUAAAAAAAAAACACCUUUGAGCUAGUCAGUUUAUCAUGAAAUUAACUAAUAGAUCAAGUUAUCAGCGAAUAUGUCAUUCUUCAGCAUUUAUAUUUUAUCAUGUU